AUGCGCGCCCUCUCCCUCACCCUCUCGCUGCUCGCCGCCAGCUCAACGGCCGCAGCAGCAACAACCACAACAUGCGCAAAGGGCCUCUACAUGGUCGUCGCCCGCGGCAGCGAGGAGCCCGCGGGGACGGGUGUGACGGGCAACCUCACGAGCCAGAUCGCCGCAAGGGUGCCCGGCAGCCAGGUCGUGGCCGUCGACUACCCGGCCAGCUUUGACGACUACGAGGCGUCCGAGGGCGAGGGCGUCAAGGCGAUGCAGCAGCUGCUCAACAGCUACGGCGAGGCCUGUCCGGGGAACAAGAUUGCUGUGCUGGGGUAUUCCCAGGGCGCCCAAGUCUCGACAGACACCGUCUGCGGCGGUGCCGGCGCUCCGUUCACCAGCAACAAGGGCAUGUCCGACGAUGUCAUGAACGGCGUCGUCGCCGUGGCCAUUUUCGGAGACCCGACCCAUGUCGCCAACCUGACGUACGACAGAGGCACCAGCAUUCACAACGGGCUCUUCAACCGGAGCUCGUCCAGCAUCGAGGUCUGCAAGUCGUACGCCAGCCGCAUCGUCUCGUACUGCGACACGGGCGACAUCUACUGCGACGCCGGCUCCAACUCGACCGUCCACCACCUGUACAUUGAGCGCUACGGCGACGACAUUGUCGACUUUGUCGUCAACCAGUACGAGAAGAGCGCCAGCAGCUCGGGCUCGGGUACUAACGCUACCACGACCACGGCUCCGGCUCCCACCGUGUCUCCUACUACCAGCGGCAGCAGCGGCAACAGCACCGUGCCUACGCGAACCGGUGGCCCGACGACGAGUCCGACGCAGGGGUCUGGAUCUGGCGCGAGUGCUUUGACGAGCAGCUUGAUGCUGGGAGGUCUGUUGACGGUCCUGACGGCGGUGUCUCAGAUGCUGUAA